GCGUGGCUGUGGUUCGCUGAAGAAAAACGCAAGCUGUUUGUUAGGGAGAGAAGAAAGAGAGAAAAAGAAAAAUCAAAGGACGGUGGUGAGUGCUGCUUCUGCUUCAUCAUCAUCAGAGAAGAAUGGCGGCUACUGUGUCUUCUGCGUGGUCAAAGCCCGGCGCGUGGGCUCUCGAUUCCGAGGAACACGAAGCCGAACUCCUUCAACAGAACAACGACAAGCCACUCGCCGACUUCCCCUCCCUCGCCGCCGCCGCUGCCAAGCCCAAGAAGAAGAAGGCCCAGACCUACUCCCUCGCCGAAUUCACCGCCAAACCCGACACCUCCUUUGCCGACCAAGAUCCCGUCGUCCUCCCCACCGGCCCCCGCCAGCGCACCGCCGAGGAGCUCGACCGCACCCGCCUCGGUGGCGGCUUCCGCAACUACGGCGACCGCCCCAACAGGAACAACUCCGGCGGCGGCGACGAGUCUUCCAAUUCCCGCUGGGGUUCAUCUAGGGUUUCUGACGAGCCCAGGAGAAAUGGUUUUGGGGCUAGGGAUUCCAAUCGGGAGCUUCCCCCUUCGCGCGCUGACGAAACUGAUAAUUGGGCUGCGUCGAAGAAACCCUCUGGAGGAGGGUUUGAGAGGAGGGAGAGGGACAAAGGAGGGUUUUUCGAUUCGCAGUCUCGUGCGGAUGAAUCUGAUAGUUGGGUUUCGAAUAAGAGCUUUGUGCCGUCGGAGGGGCGGAGAUUCAGCUCCAACGGCGGCGGAGAGAGGAGGGUUGUUGGAUUCGGCUCCAGCGGCGGCGCGGAUUCCGACAAUUGGAACAAUAAGAAGAAGAGUGAGUCCAACAUUGGUAGCAGCGAGAGUGUUGGUGUUGGUGGGAGGCCGAAGCUUGUGUUGCAACCUCGGACACUGUCGGUGAGCAAUGAAGGGGAUAAUGUGGGGAAGCCUAAAGGGGUUAAUCCGUUCGGAGAGGCGAGGCCGAGGGAGCAGGUUUUGGCGGAGAAAGGGCAGGAUUGGAAGAAGAUUGAUGAGCAGCUUGAGAGCGUCAAGAUUAAGGAGACAAGUGGUGGUGGUGGUGAUGGGUUUGGAAAGAGGGGUUUUGGGUCCUCCAACGGUGGUGGUGGAGGACGUGCUAUUUUGCCUGAAAGUCGCACUGAGAGGAGUUGGAGGAAGCCCCAAUCUGAUGAUGAUCGCCCUAAAAGUGCUGAGAAAGUGGAAAAUGAACCUGAUCAAAAAAAGGAAGUGGAAGAUGAACACGUUGAGGAAAAUUGAAGAUCUGUCAAUUUACUUUUGGUCCCUGCAGAUUGAUCGAUAAGAGAGUUGGAAAUGAACAUUGAACCUCGAAAACUUAAUUUUUGUUUCCCAUUGAAGUUUUGUCCGUCUUUAUCUUUUUCAUGUUUUAUUGUGAGUGAUUAAUACUGAAACAGUUGAGAGACAUUUUUGAUAGCAGUGUUGGUAGCUUAGAUAGUCGUUUUUAUGAACAUGUUUGUUGCUAAAUGUUGCCGUAAUCCCCCCACCCCCACCACAUCAUUCAAAAUCUAUAUAAGUAAUUUUCGUGAUGAAUUUCGUUUCAAAGGA